AUGGAUUCUAGGAAAGCCAUCUUCUUCACAAUCUUCUUGAUUUCUUUCUUAGUUUCUCUGCCAAUUAUUCCUAACACAGCAACUCCAAAUAUUACUGCUGUCUUCGCCUUCGGUGACUCAACCAUUGAUUCAGGCAACAACAACCACAUAACAACGAUCUUCCGUGGUGACCACCAGCCCUAUGGCCAAGACUUGCCAGACCAUGUUUCGUCUGGAAGGUUUUCUAAUGGAAAAUUAGCAACAGAUUAUAUAGUUGCUUCCUUGGGCCUCAAGCAACUCUUACCGGCUUACCUGGACCCUAGUUUGACAGAUAAUGAUUUGCUUACUGGUGUUAGUUUUGGGUCAGCGGGUACAGGUUUGGACCCAGAGACUGUGGCUUUGUCACACGCUUUGGAUAUGCAGACACAGUUGAAAUACUUUGAAGAAGCUUUACAAAGGAUAGAAAAAAAAGUUGGGGCAGAAAAGGCUAGAAAGAUUGUUAAAAACGCACUGUUUUUGAUCAGUGUUGGAAGUAAUGAUAUGAUGUUCAACUUUUAUGAUAUACCAGUACGGGCACUGGAAUAUACAAUUGAUAAUUAUCAGAAUCUUCUGCUCCAAAAACUUGAAUCUGUUAUUAAGAGCCUUUAUGGAGCAGGAGCACGGAGGAUUGUGGUGGCGGGUCUCCCACCAAUUGGGUGUUUGCCAAUGCAAGUGACAUUAGGCAGCAUCAUACCAAGCUUUCACAUGCUCCAACGUGUUUGUGUCAAUCAGCAAAACUUUCACUCUCAGGCCUACAAUAACAAGCUUCAAACCCUAACCUCAAGGUUGCAAGCUCAACACCAUCGCGCCAAGGUCCUUUAUGUUGAUAUUUACAAUCCCAUGAUGGACAUGAUCAUGAAUCCACAUAAAUAUGGUUUUGAGCAAACACUUCAAGCAUGCUGUGGGACUGGACUUGUGGAGAUGGGUCCUCUAUGCAAUGCGAUUGACCUGAAAUGCACAGACGCAUCUAAAUAUGUAUUCUGGGAUGCAGUGCAUCCUACACAAGCAGCAUACCGGGUUAUCGCCAAUUUAUAUAGUCAGAAUGUGCUUCCUCAUCUUGUUGAUUAG